GCUGUUUAUAGGGCAACGAGUAUAGAAUAUGGUUGACGCACUCACCAACACCAGUGUGUAAACAAGGAAAGUUGUAUUUAUAUUUCCGAUGACAAAAACCUUUCAAACGGCAGCGAGUGCCUUCACAACAGAUCAGAUAUUCGACUCACACACUGAUUUUGUCGGAUCAAGAAGAUUCACAAAAUCGUGCGUCAAAGCAGUGUAUAGCUAAUAAUUGAUUGGUGGAAUAAUUGAGAUUGACAGCGAAACUUUUCCCUGUUUGAAAUUCUAGUAAAGAGUAGAACAUGAAAUUCUUCCUGCUAACCGUUGCCCUUGUGGCCGGCUUGUCUACGAUUCAGGCUGACCAAUCUAACGCAACCGAUAUUUCCAGCUUUACCGCACAGUUUUCGGCAAUCAACCACAUCAAAGAUGAUCUUCAAACAUUUACCAACCAGCAAUUGGAGAAAUCUUACGACUUCCUGUUGCUUUCUUCAACAUUCGACAAAUACGAGUUGAAUCGCCCAGGUUUCGAAAAACUAUACCGGAAAAUCUCUGAUAAGGCAUGGGAGGAUACCGUCGGGUUGAUCAAGUAUCAAAGCAAGCGUGGUCUAUCCGUGUCUUUGGAUGGCACACAGCAUGUUGUUAGUCAACUGAACGAAGGAAAGGUAGGCAAAGCUAGCCUGGUCGAUAGUGAUGAACUGUCCUCACUAAAGCUGGCACUGGGUUACGAGAAAAUUCUGGCCGACGAGAGCCACCGUAUCCACAAGAAGAUCUCGCACGCCCACGAUAAGGGUGUGGCUUACGAUCCCGAUGUUGCUCACUAUCUGGACGAGGAAAUCAUCGAGUACCAGAGUGGUGUGAUUCGCAAGCUGACGGGCUACAUCCACAAUCUGCACAGUAUCAUCGAGGAGCCCAAAACUAAAGAUAUGGGUAUUCAUAUGUUCGAUGAAUAUUUGGACAAGGUUGAAUAGAGCGUUCCAUAGAAUGAAUAAGUGAUUUGACUAGCUGUAGAAAUAAAACAUGGUUUUCAUCGUAUAUAAUGGAGUACAAUAUCCUGUAAUUUUUUUCGACUGGUUAAUAAAAUUAUGAUUGAAAACUA